AUGGCUGUUGUUGAAGUUCUGGAGGCUAUGAUUUGUGAUCCAAAUGGUGAAACUACCCAAUACACGGUUUUUGUUGAGCUGUUGCGCCAAGUCGCUGGUUUGAAGCGUCGUUUAUUUGCCUUGUUUGCCCAUCCUGCUGAGAGUGUUAGGGAAACAGUUGCUGUGGUAAUGCGUACUAUUGCGGAAGAAGAUGCAAUUGCCGCGGAGUCAAUGCGCGAUGCUGCUUUACGUGAUGGUGCUCUGUUGAGGCAUUUAUUACAUGCAUUUUUCCUUCCUGCUGGUGAGCGCCGUGAGGUUAGUCGCCAGCUUGUUGCCCUAUGGGCAGAUUCCUACCAGCCAGCUCUAGACUUGUUGUCUAGAGUUUUGCCACCUGGACUUGUUGCUUAUUUGCACACACGACCUGAUGGAGUACCUGAAGAAUCUAUGCAAGAAGGAUCAUUGACAAGUGAUGCAGCAAGGCAGACUAAUUCUGGUUUUCAUAGGGUGGCAGAUAAUCAUCAAAAAUCAAUUGCAGACCCUACCUUCAGUCAAGUUUUAAAACAAUCUUCUGCUGCUCAUACUGUCGAAAGUUUGAACACUGAUGCAUAUUCGACUGGAAUUUCUCAAAAUGGCCAUUCAAUUAUAUCGGCUUCCAAUGAUUAUCCGUCAACAAAUGUGCGUGGAGUAUCAGAAACAAAUGCUUCAAAUUCAGUUUUUUCUGAUGUCAAUGUAAUUGGGUCACAUAACACUGGUCUUCCCGCACCUGCUCAGGUUGUCGUGGAGAACACACCUGUUGGAUCUGGAUGCCUACUUUGUAAUUGGCCUGAAUUUUGGCGUGCUUUUAGCCUUGAUCAUAACCGUGCUGAUUUGAUCUGGAAUGAGCGUACUAGGCAAGAGUUGCGGGAAGCUUUGCAAGCUGAGGUUCAUAAAUUGGUGUUGAGAAGGAACGGACUGAAGAUAUUUCCUGGAGAUGCUACGGUAGAGAGUAUGAGUGGCCAAGAUAGUGUUCCCAGGAUCUCUUGGAACUAUUCUGAAUUCUCUGUUAGUUAUCCUAGUUUGUCCAAGGAAGUUUGUGUUGGUCAAUAUUAUCUGCGUUUGCUGCUUGAGAGUGGUAAUAGUGGUAGGGCACAGGAUUUUCCACUUCGUGAUCCCGUUGCUUUCUUUGGAGCACUCUAUCACCGGUUCUUAUGCGAUGCUGACAUAGGCCUUACAGUGGAUGGUGCUGUUCCGGAUGAAUUGGGUUCUUCUGACGAUUGGUGUGAUAUGUCAAGAUUAGAUGGCUUUGGAGGAGGUGGAGGCUCUUCAGUUAGGGAGCUUUGUGCACGGGCAAUGGCAAUUGUGUAUGAACAACAUUGCAAUACAAUAGGCCCUUUUGAAGGGACUGCACACAUUACUGUUCUCUUGGACAGAACAGAUGACAGAGCUUUGAGACACCGUCUACUACUACUUUUGAAGGUGCUUUUACUAACAAUUUUAGGUUUUAAUGAAGAUUUUAGCAAAUAUGGAAUCUUGUGUUUGGUGGGAGGGUGUGUGCUAGCUGUUGAUUUACUAACUGUGGUUCAUGAAGCUUCUGAGAGGACCGCUAUCCCUUUACAAUCAAACUUGAUUGCUGCUUCUGCUUUUAUGGAGCCACUCAAGGAGUGGAUGUAUAUUGACAAAGAUGGUGCGCAAGUUGGGCCUUUAGAGAAGGAUGCUGUCAGAAGGUUGUGGUCAAAGAAAGCGAUUGACUGGACAACAAGGUGCUGGGCUUCAGGUAUGCCGGACUGGAAGAGAUUACAAGAUAUUCGUGAGCUUCGUUGGGCACUCUCUGUUCGGGUUCCUGUCCUUACACCACCGCAGGUACUGUCUUUCACAUUUGGUAGGAGAGCUGCAUUGUCUGUUUUACAUAGCAUGGUUUCUGCACAUUCAGACUUAGAUGAUGCUGGUGAGAUAGUUACCCCAACUCCUAGGGUAAACGGAUUUUGUCAAGUCCACGUUGCCUUCCCAUAUUGCACAGGUGCAUUUUAUUUUGCUCUGGCGUACCCUGGAUCCAACCUCCUUUCGAUUGCACAACUCUUCUCAGUAACUCAUGUACAUCAAGCUUUCCAUGGUGGCGAAGAAGCUGCAGUUUCCUCUUCAUUGCCCCUUGCUAAACGUAGCGUACUGGGUGGACUUCUCCCUGAAUCUUUGCUGUAUGUAUUGGAACGUAGCGGCCCAUCUGUAUUUGCUGCAGCAAUGGUUUCUGAGUCUGAUACUCCAGAGAUCAUUGGACACAUAAAAUGCCAUCUUGGAGAUUUCCCCCAGAAAUUGUCACAGCACUGUCAUUCUUUAUAUGACUAUGCUCCUAUGCCACCAGUGACCUAUCCAGAACUCAGAGAUGAAAUGUGGUGUCACCGUUAUUAUCUUCGGAAUCUAUGUGAUGAGAUCCGAUUUCCAAAUUGGCCAAUUGUUGAACAUGUUGAAUUUCUACAGUCCUUGCUAGUAAUGUGGCGGGAAGAGUUGACACGGAAACCAAUGGAUAUUUCUGAGGAAGAAGCUUGCAAAAUAUUGGAGAUUACCUUGGAAGAUGUAUCCGGAGAUAAUGCUGAUCAGAAGGCGAAUGGAGAUAUAUCGAUCAUAUCCAAGCAAAUUGAGAACAUUGAUGAAGAAAAGCUUAAGCGACAAUAUAGGAAACUUGCGAUGAAAUAUCAUCCUGACAAAAAUCCUGAAGGGAGGGAGAAAUUUCAUGCUGUACAAAGGCUUAUGAACGGCUUCAGUGCAUCUUGUAUAGAAGAUUUGGAGAUGUUGGAACCAUUUAAAUAUGCUGGUUAUCCCAUGUUGCUCAAUGCAAUAACUGUUGACAAGGAAGAUAAUUUUCUCUCCUCAGAUAGAGCACCUCUUCUUGUUGCACCAUCAGAGCUCGUUUGGCUUACGUGUGCAUCGUCCUCAUUGAAUGGUGAAGAACUUGUUAGAGAUGGUGGGAUACAACUUUACAACACUUCUCUCUCGUUGCAUUUUGAGACUGCCAGAGCUGAGAUCCUUGAGCUUUCUGGACUUGUUGAUGACAUAGUGCACUGCACUGAACUGGAGGCUGGAGUGUUAUGGUACCUUUUGCCGUUGUUGCUUCAGUAUGAUUCAACUGCAGAGGAAUCUGAUACAGCAGAGUCCCAUGGUGUUGGUGCUAGCAUUCAAAUUGCAAAAAACUUGCAUGCUUUACGAGCAUCCCGAGCAUUAUCUAGGCUUAGUGGGUUGUGCUGUGAUGAGAGCUCAACACCUUAUAAUGAACCUGUAGUUAAUGCAGUCAGAGCUUUGCUAACUCCAAAACUUGCCAGUAUGUUGAGAGAUCAAGUACCAAAAGACCUACUGUCCAUGUUGAACACGAACUUGGAGUCACCAGAGAUAAUCUGGAACUCUUCAACUCGAGCAGAAUUGCUAAAAUUUGUGGACCAGAAACGAGCUAACCAAGGACCAGAUGCACUGUCCAAGGAACUGUUUGUUGGCAAUGUUUAUUUGAGGGUUUAUAAUGAUCAACCUGACUUUGAGAUCAGUGAACCAGAAGCAUUCUGUGUGGCUUUAAUUGAUUUUAUAGCUUCUCUAGUUCACAAUCAGGGCUCUAUGGAUUAUGAUGUUCAGGAAAAACCUAAUAUCAGCAAUUCAUCUCCUGAACCUGAGCAUCAAAGUGAUACAACUGGUGCUUCAGUAGAUGAACAGGAAGUUCCUGAUGAUUCUCUGGCUGCUUCUGAUAUAAGAUGA